AUGGCGACGCCGUAUCCACCCGCAUUGAAACCCAUAGAAUCUCUCACACUUCAUGAGAAAUUGUUGAAAAUUGGUCGAAACAUUCCAUGCACAGGUGACGUUCCGCAAGGGCAUAAUAAGUGUAGUUGUCUUGGUUGGAAACCAAAGAUCAACAACACUGGACGUGCAGAUCUGUGCGAAUGUGGUCAUCGUGUUAGCUUGCACGGCAAUAUUAAUUCGUGUACGCAGGAUGAAAUACAUCAACGUCUGGAAAUAGCCAUGAAAAUCGAUGAACUUUUGGAAUCAAAGAAUAAACUUCUCGAUUUUGAUUAUGAAGAUCAGGAAGUGAGGAAUUUGAAACGGCAACUCAUUUCUAUAUGUGAAACAUCUUCUAAUAAUUCAACAAAACGAAAGUUUGUUGAUGAUAAUGAUCCUAAUUCAAAUGUGCGUAAGAUAAUCGAACGUGAUAUUAACGUUCCUGACAAAUUUGCUAUGAUCGAGGAACGUGAAGGUGUUAUAACUAUGAAAGUAUUAUCAAAUAACGGUGAUCGUGAAAAUCUUAAACUGUUGACUGGUCUAAAAAAUUUGAUUAAAAUUCAGUUGCCAAAUAUGCCUCCAGAAUAUAUUACUCGUCUUGUGUAUGAUAAGCAGCAUUAUUCCUUGUCAAUUGUCAAAGACGGUGGUCGUGUUGUUGGUGGAAUUACAUAUAGGUUAUUCCCAAAAAACAAAUUAUCUGAGAUUGUCUUUUGUGUAGGUUAUGGUUCUCAUCUUAUGAAUCAUUUAAAAGAUCACCUCAAAGAUAAAGAAGGUAUAAAAUUUCUAAUGACCUACGCUGACAAUCACGCCAUGGGUUUCUUUAAGAAAAAUGGCUUCACAACCGAUAUUACUUUAGAAAAAAGUUUAUGGAUGGGUUUCAUUAAGGAUUAUGAUGAAGCUACGAUUAUGCAGUGUACGAUGAUCGAUAAAGUGAAAUACCUUCAAUUACACAAGAUUCUUGCUCAACAAAAAUUGGCUAUUAGAAUUAAAAUUGAUGAACAGAAAAAGAAUACGCGUGUGUAUAAAGGAUUAAGUUACAUAAAAAACAGUAAACAACCUAUAGAUCCAUUGUCGAUUCCAGGGAUAAAGGAAUCUGGAUGGACACCGGCAAUGGAAGCUCUUGCGCGUGGAAAUAAAAAAUCUAUUCGCAAUAUUAUGAUAAACAUUUCAUCUGAAUUGAAGAAGCAUCCAAAGUCAUGGCCAUUUCGAACUCCAGUUAAUGGUGAUGAAGUUCCUGAUUAUUACAAAGUUAUCAAGAAUCCAAUGGAUCUUUCCAAAAUAGAAUCAAAAGUAGAAAAUAACUGUUACAAAUCUAUUGAAGAGUUUGCACACGACGUGCGGAUUAUCUUUCAUAAUUGCAAGGUUUAUAAUGCGGAUGGUACUGUUUAUGUUAAGUGUGCGACAGGUCUUGAAAAAUAUUUUGACGACCGAUUAAAGUUUUACGACGUGCCCGUUAGUGCAGGUCAUAAAAAG